AUGGCCGCCAAUAUACAAGAUGUUGUCAUGCUCGUCGGUGACUCCCUUACUCAACAGGGAUGGGAUAAAGGAGGCUUCGCACAGUUACUUGCAGAGAUGUACGUUCGGAAGCUCGAUGUUAUCAAUCGUGGCCUCGGGGGUUAUCAAACGGACUGGGCAAUUCCAAUUUGCGAGCAGAUCUUUGCCAAACAGCAUGAGCAACAUCACGUUCCGCAGGUCAAGCUACUCACAAUUUGGUACGGCGCCAAUGACGCUGCACCUGCUCCAAGCCCACAGCAUGUCCCGAUAGACAGAUACAAAACAAAUUUAAGCCAUAUCAUUCAGAUGGUGAAAUCGCCAACUUCAGCAUACUAUUCCCCUGAGACCAGUAUAAUCUUGAUCACCCCACCGCCAGUAAAUACGAAGCAAUGGGACAGACCUGACAGUCCACGUGUAUUCGAGACUACGAGGUCGUACGCGGAAGCUGUCAAGGAAGUAGGUGAGAAAGAGAAUGUGCCCGUCGCAGACGUUUGGACAAAGAUAUUCGAUGCCGCUGGUAGAAGUGAAGAGGCAUGCGAAAAAUACCUGAGCGAUGGGCUACAUCUAACCAGUGAUGGUUACAACAUCGUCUUCCAGGCCGUCGUGGACAUUGUGGAGCGCGUGUAUCCCGAAUUGGACCCUACUUGGGAAGCACAUGCAAAAAUGCAAACUGUGUUUAUACCCUGGGACCAAGUGAAUGUACAGAAUCCAAGACCAUCUCUGAUGAAACGGAAAGCGCAAUUUUAG